AUACCGUGCCAGGCUUACAAAUGGCGGAUCUCCUGCAGCCUGGUGUCACGGACUGUUUUGUGAAAGUUUAUAGUGAUUUCUAGGUGGAGAUGGCGGAGUGCCCAGACAUUGCAGGCUGUGAGGAGGGAGGUCAGCGUCUCGUAUUACAGGCCCUCAGCUCGGGGCCACAGGGUACCCUAGCUGCCCUCAGGGCCAUGCAGAGAGUCCCUGGACCAUUCCCAUGGAAAAGCAUGACAGACAGGCUGUGUAUGGAGGUGCCCACUCUUGGACCAAAUGGGGAUCUGAUUAUGAAACCAUCACUGCUUCUCCUUCCAAAACAGUCUCAAAGGAAUCUCUUUAGCUUUUUGAAUGUUGCAGCUCACCUGGUCCCAUCCUCAUGCCUUCGUUCUUUGGCUGAGGCCGUUCUUUUAAACGAAAAUUCUUCAGAUGAAUGGCUACAAUAUCUCAGCAGAUGCCUUCUUAGAGACACAGAAAUGCAGAUUUCUACUUCUAGUCCACAGGUGGCAGAAAAAAUGCAGUUCCUUUGCAAAGGAUUAUGUCAGAAUAGAGAUCGGUACUCAAAACUUGGAUGGUUCAAACAAAACUUUACAUCUAGUCGUCACAAGAGAAAAGUGCAUUGUAUCGAAGAUUCAUUCCUGGACGGAGAUGACAGGCCCCAUAACAAGAAGGUCUGCACAGAGGAGCUGUGUGUAACUUUGUCAAACCCCUACAUUUCACAGGAUGAACAGAAAGUAGUCACGGAAGAACCUGAGAUGGAAAGACAGGAGCUGCCUGAAUAUGUGAAGGCUCGAAUACCAAAACUAAAGGAAAUUCUACAUGGAGAUUUGGACACUGAGUCAUCGAAUGAUUCAAUCCAAGCAGAUCUGAAGGACCUUUGUGAGUCAUGCAGUCCAGAACAGCUGCAAAGCAUCUUCUCCCAGUUGAGCAUCUCACAGAUCUCUCCACAAUCUCUCCUCAAGCUCUGUUGCAUUCUGCAUUCUAUCACUCCAGACCUCAGUUAUGCACACUCAUCUGCAUUGGCCAGAAGUCUUUUCCUGGAACAGGCUCUCUCUCUUACUGCUCCUGCUCCUAGACCCAUCCUUGCUGCACUCUCAAUGUUCUGUAUGAAGUAUGCUCAAGCAGCAUGCUGCAUACUUAUUGGCCCACUAGUCUUACAGGCUGACACAGGCUCGGUGCAUACAGAUUUUCUGGGUAGAAUGGUUUCUGAGUGCCUUCCGCUAGAACAUUUGCCUCAAUGUUUUGGCCCUGUUUUAAAAAUGCCAUUUUGUGAAGGUUCUGUCAAUGUCUUGCACAUGCUACUGGAAAAACAGGUGACUAUUUCUCGUUCAGACUUCGAACUCCUUCUUCUCUCAAUGUGCAAUGCUGCAGAAAUGUUCUCCAAAUCUGUUAUGUUCUCGAAACUACUUCUGAAUAUCAUGAACCGAAAUCAGAGCAUGAUUCUGCCUUCACACAUUGGACUUUUAGCUAAUGCAGUUAAUGCCAACCAAACAUUCAUGAAGAAGUCACUUGAAGUGGUUCUGAAAAAGCUGCGAGAAGCAACAUAAUUUUCUUCAAAAUAAUGUUCCAUGACAUUACUGCAAAAUAAGUGUUAGAUAUUGAAUUGUUUCUGCUGCUACAUGUAUUUUUUUUUGU